UUUCUCAUAGAUAACGACAUUAACUCUAGCUUUGGUUAGGAAAUUGUUGGUGCCGGUGUUUUGUCCAAUAUAUGCUUUGAGGUUUGGCUGUGUAUGAUUAUUAUAUUACUUGUUUGCUAAUUAAACAGACCUCACCAUGGCGACCAUGCCCAUCAACCCCAAGCCGUUCCUGAACGGGCUUGUGGGCAAGCCGGUGAUUGUGAAGCUCAAGUGGGGCCACGAGUACAAGGGCUACCUGAUCUCCGUGGACGGCUACAUGAACCUGCAGCUGGCCAACACGGAGGAGUACAUCGAGUCGCAGCCCACGGGCAACCUGGGCGAGUGCCUGAUCCGCUGCAACAACGUGCUGUACAUCCGGGGGCUGGAGGAGGAGGACGAGGAGGGGGAGAUGCGCGACUGACGCGUCUCUGCGCGUGUGGACUGUGGCUUCCCCACAGAGGAGCAGCAUGCCUCAAUCUUUUAUGGCACACCCUUUACCAAAGGCUUGAGGAGAUACUCAUGUAUCAACUUUACUACACAGUUUUUUUCAAUGAAGAAUCUGUGUACAUUAAUGUUUUUAAUUGUAAACUUGAAUAUUUUGUCUAACUUACAUAUAUAAUAAAUUUGUAAUUUUACUAGUA